AUGGGCAAUGAAACCAAAAUAACUGAGUUCAUCCUCCAAGGAUUAACAGAUACUGAGGACCUGCAGAUGGUAGUUUUCCUGCUCCUGCUGCUAGCCUACCUGAUAACAAUUUCUGGCAACUUGACCAUUAUCACUCUGACACUAUUGGACACCCGCCUACAGACUCCAAUGUAUUUCUUCCUCCGGAACCUGUCCUGUUUAGAGAUCUGGUUCCAAACAGUCAUCGUUCCCAAAAUGUUGGUCAACAUCGCCACAGGGACCAAGACUAUUAGCUUUGCUGGCUGUAUCACCCAAGACUUCUUCCAUAUUUUUCUGGGGGCCACUGAAUUCUUCCUCCUCACUGCCAUGUCAUAUGACCGCUACAUUGCCAUCUGCAAGCCCCUUCACUACCCAAUCCUCAUGAGCAGCAAAAUCUGCACACAGCUCAUCCUCACCUGUUGGUUAGCUGGCUUCUCUGUCAUCAUUAUCCCUCUGGUCCUGACGAGCCAGCUCCCCUUCUGUGACUCUCACAUCAAUCACUUCUUCUGUGACUACACUCCUCUGAUGGAAGUGGUUUGCACAGGGCCAAAAGUCCUGGAGAUGGUAGACUUCACUUUGGCCUUGGUAGCCCUCCUCAGUACCUUGAUGUUCAUCACUCUGUCUUAUGUCCAGAUCAUCCGGACAAUCAUUAAAAUCCCAUCACCCCAAGAGAGGAGAAAAGCUUUUUCCACCUGCUCCUCUCAUGCUAUUGUUGUCUCCAUGUGCUAUGGUAGCUGUUUCUUCAUGUAUGUAAAACCUUCUCCAGGCAAAGGAGUUGAUCUCAACAAGGGAGUCUCAUUGAUCAAUACAAUCAUUGCUCCCCUCAUGAAUCCCUUCAUCUACACCCUCAGGAAUCAGCAAGUCAAGCAGGUGGUGAAAGACUUGAUUAAGAAGUUUACUCGACUCCAGAACAGGUAA